UGUGUUCUUCUGCUUUGCUUCCAAACUCAGUCUUUUGUUUGUGUUUUCUGAGCUUCUUUUCCACUUUUCCACUUUUCACUGCAAACACGAUGAGCGACGAGGCGGUUGUUCCCUGCGUGAUUAUCGGCGGCGGCGUCAUGGGCCUGUCUGCUGCAUGCGCCAUCCAAGAGCGCCGCGCGGCCGACCACCUGUCGCCAGCAGUGCUGAUGGAGCAGCACCAGGUGGUCGAGCACAAGCUGGGCAGCUCGCACGGACCAAGUCGCAUCACGCGCACUGCGUACACUGACCCCGUGUUUGCCAAGCUCAUGAAGCGCUCGCACCAGCUCUGGCACCAUCUGGCCGCGUCGACCGACGUGCCGCUCUUCAGUGAAUGCGGAGGUCUGAUGAUUGGUCAGAAAGACGCUCCGGCAAUGACGAGUGUCAUCCAAGCCCUCAAAGAGACCCAAGCUCCGUUUGAGAUUCUCCAGCCGGCCGAAUGCAACCGUCGGUUCCCAGGUGUCGAGCUCACGGAAUCGUACAUUGCCGUUGUGGACAAUACUGCCGGCGUUCUCUUUGCCGACCGCAUCAUCAGCACUCUGAAGGCUCGCUUCGUUGCGUUUGGCGGCACCCUCUGCUGCGACCGUCGUGUUGUUUCCUUGGACGUCCAAUCCGACGACAGGAUUGUUAUCACGUCGCAGGACGGCAAUCCCCAUGGCAUGACGCAAACAAAGUCGACAGAACCGUCGUUUGCCCCUGCGACCUUCACCACCGUGGCCAGUCGCGUCGUCCUUGCCGUUGGUGCGUGGUUACCGUCCCUGCUCGCCCAGGCGCCGAUUAUUUCUUCGCAGUUUGUCAAAGCCAUGCGCAAUCUGCAGGUGGAGAUGAGCCUGGAUGUGCAAGAAGUCACUGUGUCGUACUGGAAAAUCAAACCAGAGUUCCAAGACGCAUACAGCCUCAACAAAGGAUUCCCAGUGUUUAUCGACAUGGAUGCUGCACCUGGGCUGGUGUAUGGUCUCCCAGAGCAAGACAAGCCGGGAUACAUGAAGCUCUGUCUGCACCGCGGCCCGAGCAUUGCUGCUGAUGGGCGCUCUUUCACGCCCGCCGAGGAGAUUUGGACCCAGUUUGCGCCCUACGUCGACAAACUGUUCCCUGGCCUUGAUGUCAAGACUCCGCCCUUUACCGAGACGUGCAUGUACACUAUGACCAAGGAUGAACACUUCCUCAUCGACCGCCAUCCCCAGCACCGCAAUUUGAUCAUUGCGGGAGGAUUCAGUGGCCAUGGCUUCAAGCUCUCCCCUGUCGUUGGCGAAAUGCUGGCGCAGCUCGCCCUCGACGCCCCGCUGGCGUAUGACAUGGCUCCGUUUUCGUUUGAACACCACUGGAAAGUCAGCUCUUUGUAGUCGGCCCAGCAUGGUGACAGUACGUGUCAACAUGUCAUCCCUAUGAUCUGUUGCUGGGUGACUUGGAUGUGUUGCGAUUCAAUCCUUGCAUGGAUGUUGAUGAACAAAAUGUUUAAAAAAAAUCUCAAUCCCGAUUGGGCGUCAAAUCCCACCAGCAACCAUCAUGCUCCUCCAAUAAAGAUCUGCAC